AUGCUCAAUCCAGACGGCAUAGCUGAGGACAGAGGCACAGUGAAUGAGACAACAUUGAACGACAGAAGUAACUCAGAGUUCUGGAGUUCAUUUAGCAGCUCGGAAGAACGUUUAUUGGAAUGCAAAGGAUUGAUAUUGAAUUUACCAUUGACGCCACACCGUCAUUGCGCGCCAAAAUACGAAAAACAACAUUCUAUUGCAUCAUUCGCAAAUACCGUAACGUAUAGGGUACCAAUGAACGGCUAUUAUUUCUUUGUAUUCAGUUCAGAAAAUGAAAUUCAACCGAAUUAUGUUAGAAUUCAUUUUGAUUUAAUGAAAACUAUGUACAAUACAUCAAAUUCUGUUCAUGCGUGUGAAAAUAGCACACAGGAGUGUUCAUUGCCGUUGAAUUUUUUUAGUGGACAAAAGACGGUUUUGGAACUUCCGCUAAAUGGUAACGAGUCUCAGUGGAAUCAUGAUUAUGUGGUUGUGUCUACCUGCGAGCCUAGAACUGCUAUUUACUUGCUUUGCAUCAUUGCUGUACCUAUAUUAAUUUUGGUAUUUGCAUUUCACUGAGAAAUGGCAAAAGCAUUUGGAUUGUAUAUUUGUAUUUGAAAAAAGUGACCGAUUUUUAGGAGUUUCUCUCUAGCGAGAGAACUAUUAUAAGUAUGAGAUCAGUCAACAGUAUUUUUUCAAUUUAAACGUAUAAAAAUAACGGGACUGGAUCUUAGACACUUGUAUGCUUAAGUCCUGUAAAUAUAAUAGAUUUAUUUUUAUUAAGGUUUUAAGGUUGCGUGGGACUGAUUGCAAUACUUAGAUUAUUUUACACUAUGAUUAAUAUAUAGUCAAGCUUAUGUUAUAUAUGUAUAAGUAGAAAAAGUUAAUGAUUCUUUAAGCCUAAUUCGCGCCUUGAAUGACGUUGUGAUUUUUAUGAGAUAUUUUAUUCGAAUGGUAAUUCAUGAGUUGAAAUAAUAAGACUGGUAAUCGUAUGAUAUUCUAACUGCUUAUAAUAUAUAUGGUUCUUUGUUCAUGCACAUCAGCAAAUAAUGUGAGAU